AUGAGCACUCCCAACUCGGCCACAGAGAGGCCUCCUGGUCCUCAUAAUCAGAACGUCAAACUCAUCACACAACAAGAACAAAAAGCCAAAGAAAAAGAAAAGGCUGAGAAACAGUCUCCAAAACCUGAUUCCAACGAAUCAAAAGCACCCACACACCAACGUCUCGUCCUCACUGAUCCUAUCGCCUUCAGAUACCUGCAAGAAGAUCCUGGCGUAGAAGUCAUUGAAAGCAGCAAAGAACUCCAAGGCUAUGAAAUCUAUGUCGUCGAACAAUGGGCCACGUCUCGUACCCAUCCAACUUUUGUCAUCACCACAUUUACCGGUGAUCCCCAACAUGUUGCUCAGGUCGGCAUUCUGAGCGUUCCUACAGACGAAUCUGGCUGGUCCCAACGUCUGCGCGUCUACUUCAAAGCCCUGAAUCAAUACCAUGCCCGCCGGAGAGAGACUUCGCUUGGCAUAUUGAUGAUCACCAAUUUGUCUGGCUUUCCUUCAUCCUUGACCGUCAUUCCCGUUCCCGAUGGCGACCUCAAAAAGCAUCGUUCUGAGUUUUUCGUCGCUGAAAAUCUCAAGCGCAUGGGCUGUUCUGGACGUGUUGGUCUGACUCUGUCUGCACCUAAUAGUGCUACAGUCGCCAAAUUUCACCAGCUGUACAAGACCAGUGACAAGAAUCCCAUCCACACUUCUGUCAUCGAACUCGUCAAGCUAUGUCAGGCUGCCCUCAAUAUCUUCGACAAACUCGAUUUCGAUUAUGUUGAUGGCCUGUUGUGUGACAUCACUGAGAAAGCAGUCAAUGACUGGUGGUUGGACAUUGGUGCCGAAUUCUAUAACAUAGAACCGCACGAUGGUAUCCUUGGGCCGACUACCGUGGCCGCUUUGCUUGGCUUGUUGAUGGGUGCUCGCAAUCGAUUGAGUGCUGUUGGUGCGCCCGUACCAAAGGAUCCCUUUGAUAUCGAAGGCAUGAAACGCGGUAUUUCACAAUUUCAGAAGAGCAACAGAAUGGAGCGGACUCGGAGACUCGAUCGACACACCCUCGACAAAUUACACAGAAUAUCUGCAAAGGCGGCAAAUGCUGAAGGCUGGUCAGUCCCUCGUGCUGUCAAAUCCACAGUGGCAGAGCUGAGUGGAAAGGGUGGUGAAAUGCUUGCAGAGGUUGUCGGAAGACGCGAUAAAGCAGGUAUUGCUGACAUUGAGACGUCGUACAUCGAUCGUUUCGAGCAGCUUGUGUAUGGUCAACGCUGUAAGUGGCUUUGGCUAGGAAAACCUCUUAAGAACCAAUCUGUCGACCUCAAGGAGCAAAAAGCAAACGAGUCCGGCAGAAGUUUGGUCUUUGGUCCAGUGGAGCGAAAGAACACGCACGAAUCGACGUCGACAGCGAGAGCGGCAUCUGAGGAAAUCAUGUCGCCAACAUGGUCUUCCAGCAGAGAAGGCGAAGGGUCGAUCAAGGGAGAGACCCAUCUUCAUCGUUCUGUCACCAAGAGAGCAACAGGAUUGUUCAACGAGGGAAGAAAGGGCUUCGACAAGUUCAAAGAUGCCGUUCGUGGCCACCAAUCCAAGGGCUCGAAAGACGAGUCACCCAUGUCACCUGUAGAUUCUUCGCGACAAGACCUCAAAUCCUCCCACACUCUGGAGCGAAUUGAUUCUUCUUCACCACCAGAAAGUCCCAAGAUCCCUCAAGGCGCGGAUGGAAGCCUCGACCAAGUUUUGCAGCAGGGAGAACAGCACACGAAAGCUAACGCUGCCGGACGUUCUGAGGCUCAGGAUGCCAAUCAUCCUAGCAACCCUCUAGAACUGAACAACAGCGUCUUCCCCGUCGAAGACCCACAAAGGAUAAAGUCUGAAGAGGAGGCACGGGAAGACAAGAGUGACGAGUCCGACCUUGAGGGGUUCGAGACCAUCUCACGUACUAUAAGCGGCGAACCUUCUAUCUCAAUAGCAGGAUCCGACUACCACGGCGUCGACCUCAAAGAAGUCCUCCCUUCACCUCCAGACUUGGCGCAAGACAUUGGUCCUCUCCUCCGGCGCAUGCACUCCUACAGCGACUUUGAAACUCUCUCAGCCACACCACGCUCCGACAGUUUCUACCCCCGUCGUCUAAGUUUCUCAAUCGUUGCAGAUAGUAUCCUUCCACCCUCACCCUUACUCCUCGCCCCUGCAUCUCCGUUACCGAACCAUAUCCCCCUACCCCAACAAUACACCCACGAAACAACACUGUCCAGCGACCUCAAAGCCACGCGCGCAACACUCGCCACCCUCGACCGCAAAGAAGGCACCUGGACACGCCAACAACUGCUCGCCACUUCCUCGCUGCUCACCCAAGCCGACGACGAUCAAGCUUACCUCGAUUCCAUCUACCGUCCUUCCGCAGCAAACCUCCAAGAUCUACGAGAUGCGAGUGAAGCUUUGUUGGUCGAUGAACGCGAUGCCCUGCACGAAGGCGCCAAGGAGCUAGAAACUUUGGCACAGAGAUUGGAUUAUGAGAUUGAAGGACUCAAAGGCAAAGUCGAGGAUGUAGAGGUCAAUGUUGAUGAUUUUGAACGUGCGGUCCAAGGGAUUGAAGGCAGGAUUGAUGAGUUGGAGGAUUUGGGAAAGACAUUAGAGGGCUAG